GAUAAAGAGCCGUUCCCUCUAGCACGGGGGUAAGUCACGCUCACAGCUCAGUCACGGGAAGAGGACGGGAGCCGUAAAACUAUGCUGAGCCGGAAACAUGUGUCGUAAAUCAACUCGAUUCACGACACUGGCCGGUUCUAUGUAAGGAAAACUACAAAGCACUAAUAUGGGAAAGAAGCGAGCAAAGGGAAAAAACAUACAGGCUGAUGAUGAGUCUCAGGAUAUUUUGGAACCUGUGUGCAAGCACAUUCGCAAGGGAUUGGAACAAGGCCAUGUGAAAAAGGCAUUGCUGAAUGUGGAGUGGAACAUUUGUCAGGACUGCAAGACAGACAAUCAGAGACAAGAUAAAUCUGAAGAGGAAGCAGAUGAAGGCCCUUCAAUAUGGUUAUGUCUAAAAUGUGGCCAUAGGGGCUGUGGCAGAAAUUCUCAAGAGCAGCAUGCUUUAAAGCAUUAUACAACACCAAGAUCAGAACCCCAUUGUUUGGUUCUCAGUUUGGACAACUGGAGUGUGUGGUGCUACUUGUGUGAUAAUGAAGUCCCAUAUAAUAGUUCAAAUCGAUUGGGCCAACUCGUGGAUUGUGUUAGAAAACAAGCUUGUGUUGAUACACCAAGUACAGUGUCAAAAGAUCAAGAAAACAAAGAAUUUGAAAAUAAAAAAGUAGAAAAAGAAAACCAAAAUGAGCAGGAGAAGGGAAAAAAGGAGGGCAUGAUCAAAGAAGACAAUUCUUCAAAUACCAAUGCAGCAGUGACUGUGAAAGGACUUAGUAACUUGGGGAAUACAUGUUUCUUUAAUGCUGUUAUGCAGAAUUUAUCACAGACACCAGUUCUGAGAGAGCUGUUGAAGGAGGUUAAAAUGCCUGGAACAACAGUUAACAUUGAGCCACCGGAAUUUUCAACAAAGGAACCUCUGGCGAUAAAACUUGAGCAGCCUGGGCCGCUUACAUUAGCUAUGUGCCAGUUCCUUUCAGAGAUGCAAGAGACAAAAAAGGGAACUGUCACUCCUAAAGAACUCUUUGCUCAGGUUUGUAAAAAAGCAAUACGGUUUAAAGGUUACCAGCAGCAAGACAGCCAGGAAUUGCUUCGUUAUUUACUGGAUGGGAUGAGGGCAGAAGAGAUCCAACGAGUAAGUGUUGGAAUAUUUAAAGCAUUGAAUGACUCUGACCAAAAAAAUGAAGAGCUAAAAAAGAAAAUUAAAGAGUAUGAAAAGAAAAAGGCAGUACCAACCUUUGUGGACAGAAUUUUUGGUGGAGAAUUAUCUAGUACAAUCAUGUGUGAGGAGUGCAGAACGGUGUCCUUGGUCCAUGAGUCUUUCCUUGAUUUGUCACUGCCUGUGUUAGAUGAUCAGAGUGUUAAGAAAAGUUCAAAUGAGAAAAAUGUUAAAAAGAUGAAGGAAAAAGAGGAUGAAGAUGAUGAAGAGGAUGAAGACAAUGACAGUUAUAUGAAGGAAAGGGGUGAUAAUCCUGGUGCAAGUAAGCACCUGCAGAAGAAAGCAAAGAAGCAGGCCAAGAAGCAAGCCAAGAACCAGCGUCGGCAGCAAAAAAUUCAAGGAAAGGUGCUUCAGAUAACCAGUGUAUGUUCUAUGGAACAAUCUGAAGAAAAUGUGAAGGAAGAUAAAGAAACAAAGGGAGAAAUAAACUCUGAAGUCGCUGACCUGAAAAAAAAGGAGGAAUCUUCCAGUCAGUGUGAAGAACUUUGCUUAAAUCAGGAAGAUUUAAAUGAUCAAGAGAAUAGUUCAGAUGUACAUAGUGCCCAUGAAAGUAUAAAAAGUCCAGAACAAGAAUAUGAAGAUAAUGAAACCAAUAUGGAUGUUGCUAUGAAAGGCUUAGUUUCUACUACUGAGUGUAUUAGUGGACUUGACAAUCUAUCUGUUAAAGAAGAUUAUCAUGGGGAAGAGGAGGAACUUGCUACUAACUUAGAAAAAAUACACUUAGAUGAUGUUACUGACUCUGAUAUGGAUAUCUUGGAUGACCUUCCUAUGGCUGAGUUAAAGACAUAUGAGGUGGUGAAUGAGGACCCAGAAACAGCAUUUUGUACUCUUUCAAACAGGGAAGACCUAAACAUAGAAGAAGGUUCAAUCCUUCAUUGUUUAUAUCAGUUCACUCGUAAUGAGAAACUCAGUGAGAUCAAUAAAUUGCUCUGUGAUGUAUGUACACAAAGACAUUAUGGACCAAAGACUAGUGGAAAAAGUGAGAAGAAGCAUGUUUACACUAAUGCCAAAAAGCAAAUGUUAAUUUCUCUUGCUCCUCCAAUUUUAACACUUCACUUAAAGAGAUUUCAACAGGCAGGAUUCAAUCUACGUAAAGUUAACAAACACAUAAAGUUUCCAGAAGUGAUAGACUUGGCUCCUUUCUGUGCAAUUAAAUGCAAGAACGUUGCUGAAGGGAAUAGAAGAGUAUUGUACUCUCUAUAUGGGGUGGUUGAACAUAGUGGCACAAUGAGGUCUGGACACUACACUGCCUAUGUCAAGAUGAGAACUCUGAGAAACCAUCUUUCUGAUCUUGUCCUCCGGGGAGAAAUUCCUCAAGCUUUAGAAACUGAAUCAGCGGGACAGUGGUUUCACAUCAGUGAUACCCAUGUGCAACCUGUAGCUGUAUCUAAAGUGCUGAACUCACAAGCUUAUCUCCUGUUCUACGAACGACUGCUGUAAUUAACCUGGGAUGUGUUCCUCACACAAUACUUUAUGGUUUUUAAACAUCUUAAAAUAAAGAAAUGUUAAAUCAGAGAAAAAUGACUUGUAAAUCAUGUUCAAUUAGACUUGAAACUGUCUACUGCAGAAAUCUCAUGCUUCCUAGAAAUACUGACAGAUGAAAUAUUAACUUAUACUUGUCCAAUAGUUCCAUUGCUUUUAAAUAAAAAGCUAUUUUGUCUUUUUCCAUAACA